UGUGACGGAGGGGAAGUAAAGGUUGCUCUGAUGUAAACAGACAGUACUUCUCACACUGUCCCAGACAAAUCGGUAUGUGACCAUAUGGUUCCCUUGAGAGCAGGAGAGGGGGUGUAUCACUGUUUGGGGUUGAGGAAAAAGAGGAGGGGUGUUAAUGACCACUAUCCCGGUCAUAAAAGAGGGCGGGUCUUUCUUUCGGAUGAAUGAACAAACAGAUAAGUACUGAGCCAGGCUUUGUUAAAGGGUCACAUGGAAGAGUGAGAGGGGGCUUGGAACUUACAUGGUCACAUGGGAAUUUAAGAGCAGUCUGAGAUUCAUUAAAAACAUUUUAAUUAUUUACGAAGGAUUAAGUUUUUGGAGUUAAUGAUUUAUGAGUUUGCUGGAGGUCAGAUCUGUGUCUCAGGAUGAAAUAGGCCAUUCAUCCAGGUUGGUUCAUGAGGAAUACGACAUGUACUGAACGUUCAGGAUCCCAAGAAGACAGCAGGAAAGCGUCCACCGUCCUGGAUUCUACUAUGAUGCUCAAGAAGGUCCGAUUUCAGGAUUCUCAUGUCCCUGAGCGACUAAGUGAAAACACGCUGGCCAUGGAUAGUUUGAACCAAAAUCUUACCAGUGGACAUCAGUCUCAUCAAGUGCUCCAGAGCACUCCACUGGAUUUGAUUCAGACUGGGAAAGCCCUGAAGGUCCAAGCAGAGCGCCCGCAUUUGGUCAGUCUAGGAAGUGGCCGUCUCAGUACAGCCAUCACCCUUUUACCCCUGCCGGAAGGCAAGACCACUCUGGGUCAUGGAGCCAUGGACAUCAACAUCCAAGGCCCAGGGAUCGCAGCUCAGCACUGCUUCAUCGAAAACAAGGCAGGACUCAUCACGCUGCACCCCUGUGGAAACCAGUGUAGCAUGGACGGAUUACCGGUCACCAAACCUGUGCGCCUGUCUCAAGGCUGUAUGCUGUGUUUCGGCCAAUCCGCCUUUUUCCGUUUCAACCACCCCGAGGAGGCUUUCCGAAUGAAAAGCAUGAUGCCUGAGGGAGGACAGACAGCCAGUGUGAAAAACUGGGCCCACACAGAUUCUGAGAACCUGGUCAAUGGGAACCACUCGUCAGGGGUGCCAAAAUCUCACUUGAUCUCCAACGAGAGAGUGCGCCCUGAGCACAGUGCCAUCGUGAGUUCCAUUGAGAAAGACCUUCAGGACAUUAUGGACUCAUUAGUCAUGGAUGACCCUCAGCCCUCUUCCUCUGAGUCAAAGAAGCCCUCUGGUCAGCCCAUCUCCCAGUCUCCCUUGUCUCCCAUGUUAAAUGGAGGGGGGCGCUUCCUUCUCUCACCCCCAACAAGCCCUGGUGCUAUGUCUGUGGGCUCCAGUUAUGAGAAUACCUCUCCUCCUUUCUCUCCUCUCUCAUCCCCAUCCGCUGCCAGCAGUGGCAGCUACACCAGUCCAUCUCCGAGUGGUUGUCAGGACCAGCUUCACACGCUUCCUCCUGUGCCAGUGAGGUCUUCUAGUUACAAUUACACCAGCCAGCCACCCAUACCUCAGCCACGGACCAUACUGCCCAGCUAUUCCGGUGGCAACAGUGGGCCAAAGGUGCCUGAGAGUCCCAGACUACAGCGAAAGGCUCUUUUAGAAGCACCGCCAAGCCCAAAGCCAAGUCGUAGGGGGUUGAACCAAGACAGCUCGGUGGCUAAAACCCCAGACAGCCCCAUACAGACUCACAUUCUGCCCUCAGUCUCAAUCUCUACUGCUCUGACUGAUCACCCAUCUGGCAGUCGGGUUCCAGUUCCAGGUAGUCCCAGACUGACCCCCAAAUUCUCCACCGUAUCCCCAUCCUCCUCACCCUCUAGUCCUAGAACCAAAAUUGCCAUGGUUCUCCAGGAUCGGCCCUCAAGUCCUUUCCGGGAGCAGCCUCAGCCAGAUCGCUCUUUGACCUCUAGCCCCUCUAACCAACUCUCCCCACCCUCGCGAUCUUUCCAGCCCCCCUUGGACCCCAUUGUCCACAUCAUUCAGGGUGGACCUCCACAUCCGCAUCCUCGCACAUUGCAGCCUCCAGAAAGUCCGCGGCUGGCCCGCAGGAACCUUGAAGGGAGUAGCAUGAGGGAGCUUCCUCCUCUUAGCCCCUCUAUAGCUCGCAGGGGGGUUCCUGUGCUCCCCGGAGCUCUACCGGGAACCCUGCGGACUCCAGAGAGUCCAUCCCCAAGAAUGGUGCCAGAGAGUCCCAGACUCAGGCGGAAAGCAGGGUCUCCUACUGAGGAGCCAUUCAGCCCUCGUGGGGUGCGUGCUCGUAGUCCUUCACCCACCUCUGGACUGAUGGGGGAAGGCAGCGGACGGAAGGGCAGUUUUGGGAACUCGCUCUCUUCCGCGUUCAGCCUGGGUUCUCUGCCUGGGUCGUCACCCCGAUCCAGUCCCAGGAGCCACAGAAAGAUGUCAGCGGGCCACAGGGACCUUCGGGUGCCUCACCCUGGCAUGAGGGAGCGCAAGAAUAGCAUCACAGAGAUCAGCGACAACGAGGAUGACCUUCUGGAGUACCACCGGCGCCAAAGAGAAGAACGACUCAGAGAGCAAGAAAUGGAGAGGCUGGAACGGCAGCGGCUGGAAACAAUCUUGAACCUCUGCGCCGAGUAUAACAAGGGCGACGGGCCGGCGGGAGAUCUGGGCAGGAUGGGUGUCUCUGGGCUUGGUUCGAGGGACGGGCUUAACAUCAGACGUCCUUCCUUGGACAGUGUGAGCAGCGCUUCCCUAAGGGUGGCGCAGAGACAUCGUGAAAGCCAAGAGGAGAACCUGAAGGAGGACAGCAGUAGCACUGAGAGUGCGCAGCAGGACGGACGGACUCCAACAGCUCUGCUAAAUGGACAAAAUGGACAGGCAGAGGUCUCUCUGGGAUCGGGCAGCAUUGGCCGUUUGGAACUGGGAUACCUGGAGGAGGAGCGGGUUCGAGUGCUGGCAAAGGUAGAUGAACUCAAAGCCCGAAUCACAGAACUGGAGCAGCAACUUCAGGAGUCCAAACAGGAGGCGGAGAUGGAAAGAGCUCUGCUGCAGGGAGAGAGACAGGCCGAGCUGGAGCAAAUCGAGGCCGAGGCAGAGAUUAUCAGCCAGCUGCAGCGCAAACUCAGCGAACUGGAGAGCACCAUCCAGAGAGAGAAAGACAAGGCAUGCCAUUCUGUCGGAUGGCCACUCAAGGCCCAUUCUGGUCUCGAUUGCCAUCCCCAGGAGAGCGCUAAUGUUGACGCGGAGCGGGAAGCCCUGGAGAGGCUUCAGGAUGGGUACAAUGAGUUGACGAGCCAGCUCCAUAACUGCCCUGAGUCUCUGAGGGAGCAGUUACAGGAACAACUCAAGAGGGAAGCUGAGACUCUUGAGGCUGCAACUAAGCAGUUUGAGGACCUGGAGUUCCAGCAGUUAGAGAAGGAGAGCAGUUUGGAGGAGGAGCGUGAGACCAUCAGCCAGCAGCUGCUGCAGGACAGAGCUCAGUACCACAGCAGCGUCACCAAAAGAAAAGAAAAAGUUGCAGCAUUGGAAAGCCAGGCCAAUCAACUGGGAAUACAGGCUGCUCAGGAGUGUGAGAGACUGGCCAAAGACAGAAGUAUGACAAUUCAGCUGCUACAGAAGGAAAAGGAAAGGCUGGCCAAUCUGGAGAGAAGAUACCAGAGCUUAACUGGUGGAAAGACGUUCCCCAAAAGCUCUAACACUAUAAAGGAGGGGUACUUGAAGCUGUCGGAUGUUUAUAAGAUGUAUGGGAGUGAUUGCCAUGACAUCCAGCUUGCCAACGCUUCCUCACACGGCUUCUCGCUUGCCCUUGACCCAGCUGUAACUGCCCCUCGUGAGGAGUAUGUGACCGUCGGCCAAUUAAACCAGAUCUAUGGGAUGCCGAAGGUGGAGUCUUCCCCUACCUCACCCAUCCAAUUACUUCAGUCUUCUCUCGCAGACUCCGCCUUCUCCUGCCUCCCCUCCCCUCACGGCUCCUCCCUCUCUCUCUCCUUCGAGCGUCAGUCGGACUGGGGCAGGCCUCAGAUGCCCGCUCUAGAUUUAGAGCGCUGGUACCAGGAGGUAAUGGCAGCUGGAGAUGCAAACCAUCUCUGCCCUCCUCCUCCCCUCCCGGCUAAAGCUUUCUCAUCACGCAAGCCUGCGCAGGUGUACCGCUCUCGACUGGACAGUGAUACCAGCCAAUCGUCAAUUUCGAGACCAAAAAUCAGCGCCGGUCUGUCUCCCACAUACACUACAGCUACACUGGGACGCAACACUCCUGCCAGGAGUCCUCUGAUGGUAGCCAACAGCACCGGGAGUCUCCCACGCAACCUGGCAGCCACCCUGCAGGACAUUGAGACCAAGAGGCAGCUGGCUCUCCAGCAGAAAGAAUUCUUGCAGUCGUCCUCCAGUACGGACAGUCCCACAGGCCAGCAAGUGAUUGAGGAGCAGCGGAGGCGUCUGGCCGAGCUGAAGCAGAAAGCUGCAGUAGAGGCUCAGUGCCAGUGGGAGGCGCUCCAUGGCUCUCAAAUGCAGCUCAACAGUCCCUUUUCCUCAACAUCCGGGCCAGUCGUGCACCACUCCAUCUUGCACCACACAGCACCCUCUUCUGGGGAACAGCCUUAUGACACACUCAGCCUGGAGAGCUCGGACAGCAUGGACACAAGCAUCUCCACUGGAAACAACUCGGCCUGCUCUCCUGACAACAUGUCCAGUGCCAGUGGUAUGGAUGCGCUAAAGAUCGAGGAGAUGGAGAAGAUGUUGAAAGAGGCACAGCUAGAGAAAGCUCGACUCAUAGAGUCCAGAGAACGAGAGACUCAGACCCGUAAACUCCUGCUUGAUGAGGAGAGAAGAAGAAGAGAGGAGGUGGAGAAGAGACUGCAGGAGGAGACGGUACACAGACAGCAGCUGAUAGAGAAGGAGGUGAAGAUGAGGGCCAAAAACUUCUCUCAGGCCCGCCCGAUGACCCGAUACCUGCCCAUUCGCAAAGAGGAGUUUGACCUCCGUUCCCACAUCGAGUCCUCAGGUCACAGCGUAGACACGUGCUACCAUGUGAUCCUCACCGAAAAGAUGUGCAAGGGCUAUCUUGUCAAGAUGGGAGGGAAGAUCAAAUCCUGGAGGAAGCGCUGGUUCGUCUUUGAUCGCCUUAAAAGGACGUUUUCCUACUACGCCGAUAAACAUGAGAGCAAAUUGAAGGGUGUCAUCUACUUCCAGGCUAUCGAGGAGGUUUACUAUGAUCACCUGCGCAGUGCCACAAAGAAAGGAUUUUUCAAUCUGAAUUUGACAAACAGCCCCAACCCCUCCCUGACCUUCUGCGUGAAGACGCACGACAGACUGUAUUACGUGGUGGCCCCGUCCGCAGAGGCCAUGAGGAUAUGGAUGGAUGUGAUAGUGACAGGAGCCGAAGGCUACACGCAGUUCAUGAACUGAGACAAAACCCACUGCUGCUUGCUGACCUACGCAUCAAAACGGAAACCAUUCGGCAGGGAGACUUCAAAUGACCCAGACUUGUUAUUCCCAAUGAGAGGAAAAACUUUAUUUUGUUACUUCCUUUUCUUCUUCUUCUUCUUCUUCUCAUGUUUCCUGGAGAUGUUAUAUAUUCACUCAGAUGCACAGACAGAUAUCCACCAGAGGCGUUCCAUGUCUGCCUGGAUUGAAAAAGGGAGAAGACGAAAAGACCCGGUGAACCAAACCUGCAGGUGGUGGCUCACUCACCAUCGACGAAAAUGCCUUUUUGCCGUCAGAGAUAUUUUUCAGUUGCAGUUUAUCUUGUCUGGAUGUGCAGAAACUUGACUUUCGUUUCAGUUUGUCCCAUGAUUUGUCUUUUCAAACAUAAUGGGAAAAAUGCCAAAUGCCAUCAAGCCAUUCUGGAAUAGUGUUGCGUUAAAUAUUCAAUGGGAUCGACCGACAAUAUAAAUUAACUGCAUUACAUUUAAAUGAUGUUUUAAAUUAAAUGGAGUAUUACAUUUACAUUUAAAGAUCCGGUAUCACAGAAACAAAGACUUAAUUCACCAAAGCUCACCUACCAGCUCAGGAGUCUAUAUUUAUUGUAGAGGGACGUCAGCGACUCCUGUCCAAGUGUAUCCCACUGUGUGUCUGUGUUCCUAGUUCAUGCUUUUAGAUACAGAACCACAAAUGCAUGCACACACACACACACACACACACACACACAUACAACGUACAACAGUAGAGUCUAUUUGCCAAGUCCUGACAACUUGAUCUUGUGAUUUGACUCCCAAGGGAGGCAGCCAUCACUUAUCACUGCCAGCCUACGAGAGUUUGGAAUAAUUGCCACAAACAGGAGAAAAAGAAACAACAUCAUAAUCAUGCAAGUCAUACAGUGCCUUGAUAUUGACCCAUAUUUAUCACUCUUAGUAUCUGAACUGUUAAACUAGUGAAAAACAGCUGGAAUCACAGUCGCAAGGUGCGGUCACAUUAGAGAAAUGUUGAGGGUAAAAAAAAGUCCAUUGUCAAUUGUGUAGAGAUGUAUGAAGCACAGCUCACACAGAAGUCGCAUUAAAAACAAUCAAGUUUUCCAGCUUUUUGUUGGUCAACGCAGUGAUUUCGAAUGACCAACUUUAAUGGGUUUUGAAAUCAUGCAAAAUUCCAGAUUGAAAUUCGCCUGGAUAUCACCUGCGAAAAUUCACCCAACAACAGUAAAUUAGCGAACAUUUUGUGAAAAUACGUAGGCAAAAAAUGUCAUUUGUUUACUGUCAGUAGUGUACUGAUGCAUGAAAUACAGCUCACACUGAACUCACGUUCAAAACAAGCAAGUUUUCCGGGUUUUUUGUUGGCCAACGUAGUGAUUUUGUUUGACAGAUUUGAAUUGAUUUAGAAAUCUGCUUUGGCAAAUCUAUGGCCAUUAUGUGAAAUUCCAGACUGCAUUGACGUCUACUGAAAUUCGCCUGGAUUUCACCUGUGAAAAUUCACCGAGCAGUAGUAAAUUAGAAAAAAUUUGUGUGAAAAUUACAGAGGCAAAAAAUGUCAACCGUCUACUGUCAAUAGUGUAGUGCUGCAUGAAGUACAGUUCACACAAAAGUCACAUUCAAAACAGUCAAGUUUUCUGGCUUUCUGUUGAUCAACGCAGUGAAUUUGCUUGACAUAUUUGAAUCAGGUUUUGAAAUCUGCUUUUGGAAAUCUUUCGCAUCAUGUGAAAUUCCAGAUUUGCCUGGAUAUCUCCUGAGAAAAUUCACAGAACAACAGUAAAUUAGCAAAAAUUGUGCGCACUUUUCUUUGGCAAAACAAAUGGCAAUUGUGUAGCAGUGCGUGAACUACAGCUCACACGGAAGUCGCGUUCAAAACAAUCAAGUUUUCUGGCUUUCUUUUGGUCAACGCAGUGAAUUCGGUUGACCAACUUGAAUCGGUUUUGAAAUCUGCUUUGAAAUCAUGCAAAAUUCCAGAUUGCGUGGAUGCCUAUUGGAAUUUGCCUGGAUUUCGCCUGCGGAAAUUCACUGACCAAGAGUAAAUUAGCAAAAAUUUGCUAAAUGUUGCUAUGUUGGGAAAUCUUUCGCUGUCACAUGAAAUUCCAGUGUGAUGGAUUCCUAUGUGUGGAUUCGUAUCGAAAUCUCUGCAAAGAUUCACAGAGCAACGAUAAAUGUGACCGCACCUUUAUUCCAUGAGAUACAUAGUGGGUUUUACUGUUUUAAGAGAUUGUUAACAGACACGUACUGUAAUUUUAAAAAAGGUGACCUAUUUAAAUCAGUCCUAUACUGCUUUAAUACAAUUUAGGGAGCUAUUUAAAUGGUUUAAUGGCUCUUCAAGUAUUAUUGAUGUUUUACAGGCAAGCUAUUAACUAGUCUGCCCGACCUUGUUAGUUUGGGGAAAAUAAAAUGUUUAUUUAUGGUUAGCGAUGUUACAGCUACGACACUGUUAAAAAAAAAAAGACCAACAUGUUCUGCUUUCUCCCGAAACCAAACUGUAUGUUGAAAUGUAAUUGAAAUCUACAGAGAAUUUAAAUCAACAUGAAUAAUUAGUCUUCAUUUUGCGUGUAAGAUGUCUUGAGUACUAUCACAGAACUAGGUGAAAACAGUGUUGUAAAAUGUUGAACAUGAAUACACUCACGGUUUUCCUUA